AAAAACCGUGAACUCUGGGAGGCCUCCCGGGAUUCGCUGGGGCAGGCUCAGGAGUACAGAGAGCUCGCUUCCUGACAGUGGGGAAGGGAGGCGGCGAUUGGCGGACGCUCCUGGCAGGGGAGCGCGCAUUGGUCAGGCCCGGAGCAGGGGGCGGGGCUGCUAUCCCAGCAGCAGCGGCGACUGCGGCUGCGGAGCGGGUGUGAGGCGGCUGGACCGCGCUGCGGGCCCAGGCAGGGCGCGGCAAGAUGGAGGUGACGGGGGUGUCGGCGCCCACGGUGACCGUUUUCAUCAGCAGCUCCCUCAAUACCUUCCGCUCCGAGAAGCGGUACAGCCGCAGCCUCACAAUCGCGGAGUUCAAGUGUAAACUGGAGUUGCUGGUGGGCAGCCCUGCUUCCUGCAUGGAAUUGGAGCUGUAUGGAGUUGACGACAAGUUCUACAGCAAGCUGGAUCAAGAAGAUGCACUGCUGGGCUCCUACCCUGUAGAUGACGGCUGCCGCAUCCAUGUCAUUGACCACAGCGGCGCCCGCCUUGGUGAGUAUGAGGACGUGUCCCGGGUGGAGAAGUACACCAUCUCACAAGAAGCCUACGACCAGAGGCAAGACACGGUCCGCUCCUUCCUGAAGCGCAGCAAGCUCGGCAGGUACAACGAGGAGGAGCGGGCGCAGCAGGAGGCCGAGGCCGCCCAGCGCCUCGCUGAGGAGAAGGCCCAGGCCAGCUCCAUCCCGGUGGGCAGCCGCUGUGAGGUGCGGGCGGCGGGGCAGUCCCCUCGCCGGGGCACCGUCAUGUAUGUAGGUCUCACAGAUUUCAAGCCUGGCUACUGGAUUGGCGUCCGCUAUGAUGAGCCACUGGGGAAAAACGAUGGCAGUGUGAAUGGGAAACGCUACUUCGAAUGCCAGGCCAAGUAUGGCGCCUUCGUCAAGCCAGCAGUCGUGACAGUGGGGGACUUCCCGGAGGAGGACUACGGGUUGGACGAGAUGUGACAGCCCAGGAAUUCCCCCGCUCCAGCUCCUAACUUGGCCACUCACUGCCCCUCCUGUGUGUGCCUAUGGCCCUCUUCUGACCCCAUUUUAAUUUUAUUCAUUUCUCCUCUGCCAUUGAUUUUUGAGACUCAUGCAUUAAAUUCACUAGAAACCUGGAAA